UUGUAUAAACGAGAGUGUAUUAUUGUUGUUACGUACAAUGAGGAGGUGCUGUGCUGUGCUGUUUGUGUUCUGUGCUUUGUAUGUUUUGUUUAGUUGCUUAGGUUGCCUGAUACGGAAAACAUUUGUUUUGUAGCGAGAACUGAAACUAAACGUACAAUUCUGCUGUUGUAGCCAACAAUUUUUGAGGAACAUUUAUUUCUACAAUAUACACACACACACAAACUAACUCACAUACAUAGAUACAACAAACAAACAACCAACCAUUCAGUCAAAUACAUACAUACAAACUUACAAAUAAUUGUGUUAAAUAAACAAAGAUUUUUUUGUGUUAAAUGAAAUAAAUUUUCGAAAAAUAACUACAUAAAACUAAACUAAAGUGAAAAAACGAGGAAAUACCAAACGACAAAUAAUGAACUGUUAAAAAAAUAUGAUAUUUGAUGUAAAGUUGUAACAAAAAACCCACAAAAAAAAAACCGAAAAAGUUUAAAAUAUUUAAAAAACACCUCAAUUUUCAAAUGUAACGUAGAAAGUAUAAAAAAAAAUCCAAAGAAAGAUUAAGAAAAAUCUAACCAAAAGUGUAAACUUCCACCGCAGCAAACGUUACGUUUUGACCAACAAUGACAACAACAACAUCGGUUCCUACAGAUACCAAUAUUAAACAGGAUCCUAAUAUAAAUAAUAAUUCCAAUAGUACACCAAAUAAUAAUAUUACAACCACCGCCAUCACCGCAACACCGAUAACCAACGGAGGAACAAGAAGUACCAGCAAUAACAAUAAUAACAUGGAACCAGCAGCAGCUUUAGCAACGAAUUGCACGGUGGAUGUGGCUGCUGCUUUAGCUGCUGUGGCUGUAACCCCCACAUCGAGUACUACAACAGUAAGCACCAUACCAACAACAACACAACGAGCUGUAACUAUAACUCCCAUUUUCAACUCUCUGUCCACUCUAUCCAACUCACAAAAUUUUUCUCGCACUAUGCAGACCGAUGAAGACUUUAACAUACGCUUUGUGAAUCUGGUGCGGAAUCACAAGUGUUUGUAUGACAAAAAGGUGCCAGAAUAUCGGAAUCGUGAUAACCAGGAAAAGGCCUGGUUGCAAAUAUCCAUCGAAACAAAAGAGAGUGUCAUACAUUGCAAGGAACGCUGGCGCAAUUUAAGAGCCUGCCUGUCGCGCUACAUUAAGCAGCAGAGUGGCUCAGAUCCCCAACACAAACCCUAUUACCUGACCGAACACAUGGCGUUCUUGUUGCCCUUCCUUAAAUCUACCCGAAAUUCUUUGGACGGCAACAAUAGUUUAGCCACUCUAUACCAAUAUUCACAGCAGCAACAACUUAAUCAACAAACAAAUUCGAAUCCAGCUUCAUUGCAAUUGUUGAUACAGCCUCAUUUUAAGCUGUCCCAAAAUCACCAGCAAUUGGAGAUGAAACAUUCGCUGUCGGACAAUGAAGACGAGGAGACCAUCGAUGCUUUCGAUCCCGCCAUAACGGCCAGUUUGCAUGUACAAAAACAAAACAGAUCAUCGCCUGCUCUAAGCGAUACGGCCAGUGCAAAUACCAUGCAAAACUUUAUACCCGAUGUACAACUAUCCGAAUUAAGAACAUCCGACGGUGUUCAAGACAUCUCCUACCAAAACUCCAAUAUGCGCCGAGAUUCACAUGACUUUGGUCACGAACCGAAACGCAUUAAAACUGAGUGCCAUGCCAGCGAAGCAACCACCACGGGACAACUGCAUAUGUAUGUCGGCGAACAAGCCGACAUGGAGUUUUUCCGCAGCAUAUUACCGGACAUUGCCGGUCUGACGCCGCAGCAAAAACGCAAACUAAAAAUAGGAAUUCUAGAAUUAAUCGAUGAUGUGGUCGAGCGGUUUCCACUCGAAACAAGUACAAAUGCUAACGCAACUAGUCAACACUUAAACACACCGAAAACCCGACGAACUUCCUCUAGAGAUUGGCACAAGUAAAUUUUUAUAUAUUUCUUUUUUUUUAAACUAGAAUUAAUAUGGGUAUUUAGAAAAAAUUUAUUAUAUAUAUAGCAGAGCUGUGUUCAUCUUUUUUUUUUCUUGAAACUACAUAUGUAAAUGUAAUUCUUUCCAUUUUAACUGUUUAACUGUUAUGACGAUACAAAAUCCUUAAAAUACAAACAAAGUUUUUAAUUAUUUAUAUAGUACAUAUAAAAAAUAUUGUGAAUCGGCUCUGCAUCAUCAUCUCUUACAUGUUGCUCAAGAAUAGUGUAUGUAGUUGUAUUCAAAAUGUUGUUUUUCUUUAUUAUUAUUAUAUUUUUUUUUUAAUAAUUUAGUCAAAAUAAUGUAAAUAAAAUUAUGUAAAAUGUUUUAAAAAUA